GCUUAGCGCGAGGAUUAUCUGUCUGGCAUGAUCAAUAUUAAAUACCCCUUUGCAUCAUCGCCUGAAUACUCUUUUCAUCAUUAUCUGGCCUCGGAUCGAGUUAUCAGUGGAGCUUCUAUCCUCGCCCCUCAUACGUCUCCGGUCACUGACUUUGACUUCAUCCCUUCUAUCGCCCCUCCAACUCUGAAUCAACAUGGCCUCACGCGCAAACACAACAGUCGUCGUGGUCGGCGGAGGCGGCACAAUGGGCUCGUCGACAGCGCUGCAUCUGGUGCGCGCUGGAUACACGCCGUCCAACAUCACAGUGCUCGACACAUACCCAGUGCCCUCGGCGCAGUCGGCGGGGAACGACCUGAACAAGAUCAUGAGCAUCCGGCUGCGCAAUAAGCCUGAUCUGCAGCUGUCGCUGGAGGCGCUGGAUAUGUGGAAGAACGACCCGCUGUUCAGGCCUUUUUUCCACAGAGUUGGGAUGAUCGACUGCUCUUCAACAGAAGAAGGAAUUGAAGCUUUAAAACGGAAAUAUCAAGCCCUAAUCGAUGCAGAUGUCGGGCUGGACAAGACGAACUUCCUGCUGAGCGAGGACGAAAUCCUAGCAAAGGCACCGCACUUCACCCGCGAGCAAGUCAAGGGGUGGAAAGGCUUGUUUUGUGGCGAUGGAGGUUGGCUUGCUGCUGCCAAAGCCAUCAAUGCCAUAGGACAGCACCUCAAAGACCAGGGUGUCAAGUUUGGUUUUGGCCGUUCUGGGACAUUCAAACAACCACUAUUCUCCGACGAGACAACAUGCAGCGGCGUCGAGACCGUCGACGGCACCAGAUACUACGCCGACAAGGUCGUUCUAGCAGCUGGUGCCUGGACUCCGACAUUAAUCGAUCUCGAAGACCAGUGCGUUUCAAAGGCCUGGGUAUUCGCCCAUAUCCAACUCACGCCCGCCGAAGCAGCCCAAUAUAGAAACUCCCCAGUGGUAUACGACGGCGACUACGGUUUCUUCUUCGAGCCCAACGAGAACGGCGUAAUCAAAGUCUGCGACGAAUUCCCGGGCUUCACCCGCUUCAAACAGCAUCAGCCCUACGGCGCCUCUUCCCCGAAGUCCAUCUCCGUCCCAAGAUCCCACGCCCAACACCCUACAGAUACAUACCCCGAUGCCUCGGAGGUCACGGUCAAAAAGGCAAUUUCUCGGUUGCUGCCCCGCUUCGCAGAUAAGGAGCUGUUUAACCGCACCAUGUGCUGGUGCACCGAUACAGCUGAUGCAAACGUGCUUAUAUGCGAGCAUCCGCGGUGGAAUAAUUUCAUAUUGGCGACGGGGGAUAGUGGACAUUCAUUCAAACUCCUCCCAAGCAUUGGAAAGCACAUUGUCGAGCUCCUCGAGGGAUCUCUAGCACCAGAGCUGGCUGAGGAGUGGAGAUGGAGACCGGGCAGUGGCGAUGCCCUGAAGUCUCGACGAGGUGCUCCUGCAAAGGACCUCGCUGAUCUACCGGGGUGGAAGCACGAUUAAAGAUGUAGUUGAUUUCAUUAUACAAUAGUCUAUGUAGGUAUAUGCUUUUGAGCUCGGAACGCAUUAUUAGGUAUGAAGGAGAAAGAAGAAACGCAAUUUCACGCUUCUAAGUCUAGGAAUUCAAGAUCCAUGAAAAAACAUCAAAUAU